UCCUUCCAAAAAUAAAUAAAUAAACAAAUAAAAUCUCUCCUCCCUUCCCUAGCUGCUAGUUCCCUUCCCCUCUCUCUCCGGCCGGGCUGGGCCGGGCGCUCCAGCUCCUUCCGGCGGCCGGACUAUGGCUCGGAGGGGCGUCUCCUACGUGUCGGCAGCGCAGCUGGUGUCCAUGUCCCGCGACCCCCGCGUCGCCAUCGUCGACGUCAGGGAUGAGGAGAGGAGCUACGACGGACACAUCGCUGGGUCCCACCACUACGCCAGCGACAGCUUCGCCGACCGGAUGCCUGAGCUCGCCCAGGCAACCGGGGCCAAGGAAACCCUCGUCUUCCACUGCGCGCUCAGCAAGGUGCGAGGCCCAUCUUGUGCACAGAUGUUCCAUGACUAUCUAUCAGAGGCCAAGGAAGAUUCAGGGGUAAAGAACAUCAUGGUCCUAGAACGUGGAUUUAAUGGAUGGGAAAUUUCAGGGAGGCCUGUUUGCCGCUGCAAGGACACCCCAUGCAAGGGUGUAUGCUCUUAAGUAUUUUACUCAUGGCAGAUAGUAUUGCUCUGUAUGUUCCAAGAAAUUGAACGCCACCACAAGCUAUAGAUUGAUAAAAUAGCAGCAUGUCUCCAUUGGGUGGAUCAACAAUGGCUUGUUUCAAUGAAUAACAGUUAUUGUCGUCUUAUGGCAUGUACCGCAUGCUUGGAAAUGUUUUGCUUCCAUCAAACUAUGGGCAUUCACAUCCUGUCUAUUGGCCCUACUUUUGUUUGACCUAUGUUCUCCACAACAUGCAUCAUGCAUGCAUAUUUUUA